CAAACUUGCCACUGGCACCGAGUAGCACUUCUCUACCGUGCCGCCAUCUCUCUUUCUUUCUCACGAUUCUCAUCCACUGAAAGGCGAACCGUAUUAAGCAUAAGCACCAUGGAGUUCGCCGGAGAAGUCGACGACUUCGCUCUCGACCUCAUCCGCGAGCACCUCCUCGGCGGCGACGGCGGUGUCCUCCCGACGGCUAACGAUGAUCAGGGCCCUUUUGGCGACGACGUCACCUUCCCCGUGCUGCCACCUUCUGCGGCCGAGCCGGAAGCGUACCAGCAGCCCAUGUUCUUCCCGCAGCAGGGGCAGCGGCAGGUACAGACGCAAGGUUACAUGGGCCUGACGCACCAGUACGUGAACUCAUAUCCGGCUGCCGCGGCGGUGUUCCGAGCGCCGGAGCCGGUGAUGAUACAGUUCGGUGGCGCGCCGUCUCCUGUGAGGGCGCUGUCGUCCACGCUGACCAUCUCGGUGCCGCCCCAGGGCACCUUCGGGUGGGCGGGGACGGCUGCCGCCGCAGCGCCAGCGCCAGCGCCGGUCGAGGACCUCCGCAAGUACCGCGGCGUCCGGCAGCGGCCAUGGGGCAAGUACGCGGCGGAGAUCCGCGACCCAAAGCGCCGGGGCUACCGCGAGUGGCUCGGCACCUACGACACCUCCGUGGAGGCCGCGCGUGCCUACGACCGUGCCGCCUUCCGGAUGCGCGGCGCCAAGGCCAUUCUUAACUUUCCAAACGAGGUCGGCACCCGCGGCGCCCAGCUGUGGGCGCCGCCGCCUGCUGGCCCGGCGUCCCGGGCAGCAGGCGCGACGAACAAACGUAAGAGAUCACAGGACGAGGACGCUGACGUCGAGGUGACCGGAGUGGUCAUAAACAAGGCCGUGAAGGCCGAGGCGCCGUCGCCGUCGUCGGCCCGGGUGUCGUGGGACACGCCCUCGUCCGUGUCGCGGGGGACAGCGUCUUCGACGGUGACGUCGGUGGCCACGACGCCGGAGGGAGGGUUUCCUCACACGCCGUCGAGCUCGGGCUUGGAGUACUGGGAGGCGCUGAUGGGAGGCAUGCCGUUACUGUCGCCCCUGUCGCCACACCCGGCGUUGGGUUUCCCGCAGCUUAGUGUUAGUUAAUUAGAGGAUGGUUCAUUAAGCGAUAGAAUGUUUCCUGUGUUUGUAAGAAAAACAGAGUAGGCACCCACACACAACACUUGUUGAAGACUAGAUUUAUAAUUGAACAAAGUUAUUACAUGCGUCUUGC